AUCGGUAAAUGACCUUGUACACAUUAGUGGCCUCUAUACAAGCGGCAGAGAACUACGCCAGUCACAGCUGAGCUUUGUAAAUAUAAACACAUAAGUCUGCAGCUGGAAGAAGACCUCGACGGUCUGCUACCGUCGAAAUAUCGCAGAACAAUUUUAUGAAAUGUCAUCACUUUUAGAAGCGAUAGAUACAAAAUAUGGCAAAGAAGAGGCAGAUAAUUAUGACCCUGAUUUGCCUGUUGCAAUUUACGUGCCGAAGAAGAGCCCAAGGAACUCAAUCCCGUCACUGUUGGUGCUAAAUGAUUGUGAUAUUGAAAGUGCAGGGGAUGAACAGGAAUUGGAAGAGAAAUGUCAAGAGGUUGAGGAGCUGGACCUAGCUCAGAACAAGCUGAAAAGAUGGACUGAGGUGUUCAACAUACUGAAGCAUAUGCCGAGGGUGAAGUUCGUCAACUUGAGUUACAACAACCUAACAGAAGAGCUUGUGAAUUUGGACAAUAGGGAUCACUUCCUAUAUCUAAAGAACCUUGUUUUGAAUGCUACUCGUAUCAACUGGCAGAGUGUUCGGGAUCUGCUACAGCUUCUUCCAAGUUUGGAGGAGCUGCAUCUGAGCCUCAACAACUACAGCCACGUGGAGUUGGGUGAUGAGGCAGACGUGAAGACGAGCCCUCGCUACUACUACAAUGUGAAGAAGGUACACUUCACAAGGAAUCCUGUAGCCACAUGGCGAGAGAUAUGCAAGUUGGGCCUUGCAUUCCCUAAGUUGGAGGCCCUCGUAUUAGCUGAAUGUCCACUGCAGUCACUUGACCCAGCUCUUUCUGUAGGGAACAGAAGUGCAUCAGAAGCAGAUACAUCUCCUGGGGGACGGACAGAGAGCGAGUGUGAAUCCAACAGUCUCCCAAGCUUUGACUCACCCCACAGCUGCUUUAGGAAGCUGCGAUUUCUUAACUUGAACAGCACGUUGCUAGCAACAUGGGAUGAUGUGGAGAGGUUAAGCAGGUUCCCGGCACUGCAGUGUCUACGUCUGCAGAGUUGUCCGCUGUUUGAGUACCCACAGGAGUACACUGAACAUGAGCGUCGUCAGCUGCUCAUUGCCAGGCUUCCCAAUGUUCAGACACUGAAUGGAGGUGCAGUUAUAGGUGAGGAAGAACGGGAGGAUGCAGAAAGGGCAUUCAUCCGAUAUUACAUGGACAAACCAGAGUCUGAUCGACCAGAAAGAUACGCUGACCUAGUGGCAGUACAUGGGAGGCUGGACCCUCUGGUAAAUGUAGAUUUGAGCCCUGAGAAGCGCGUAAAGGUUCGGUUCACACGUGGAGAGGCAAGUGAAGUUCGCAGUGUGGUCGUGUACCAGACGGUACAGGAGCUGAAGCAAAAACUGGAGUCCAUUGUUAAGAUCCCCUCAUCACGCAUGAAGCUGUUCUAUGUGGACCAGGACAUGAAGGAUAUCACAGGACCUGAGGAAAUGCGUUUUCCUAACAAGCAGCUGUACAGCUACAACAUCUCCAGUGGUGAUGAGAUCAUUGUUGAUUCCAAACAUUAGGCAUAAAAACAAAUUUGUUCUAUUUCUUUAGGAAUUGUUGGAGUCUCAUUAUCAGAUUGUCAUGUUUUCAAACAUAAGACUAUAUAAAAUUUUGCUGUUCUGGAACAGAACUGGAGACAAUUGGAAUUUGUUUCUGUUUGGAACAUCCGAGUCAUGUCUCCAUUAUCUUGUGACAGUGCAAUUGGAAUUUAUGUUGGAAUCAUGAUAAGACACCAAUAAGCUAGCUUCCAUACUAACAGCUAAUUGAAAGUAUGCCAGAUGUUAGCAUGAUAGGACACAGAAUGUUGAGAAUAGGUAGAUUAUCUAGGUUCCUGUUGGAGAGUCUGGACACGUGCCAUUUCUUGUGUGGCCGCUCCUGAUAAAUGUGGAUGUCACAAAAAUGGCUGUGCAAGCAUUCCCUCACCAGCACUGCCCGUUGUGUUGAGCGACAAUAUUCUGUAUUCGUAAAAUGGAAACAAUUUCUGUAGAGAAUGACAGAUUUAAAAUAUUUCCAGGUUUAAGUUUAUGGCACUGCAGUUUUUGAUUGGUCUGAAAACUGAAACUUGCACUUUUUCAUUUGAAAUUUAAAAAAAGAUUUUCAGAAGAAGCUUUUAAUGCACUUUUACCAGAUGAAGAUGCAAUUUGCAAUAUUCUUAAAUUUUAUUUAUAAGUAGCACAGUAUUCUGCAUCAUUUGGACUAAUGAAUUUGUCAUUUUAAACUCUUCAUGUAACAAUCUCUUUAUGCUGUUUUAUGAAAAUGUUUAGUAACUAACUAUAUGGUGGUGGUCCAGUGAUUAAUUUUUGAAGCUGCUACACUGAUAAUGCUACUAGUUUCAAGUAUAAGGACUUGUGAAAAAAUUAACUUAUUUUCUAGUCUCUGUUAGUGACAUUUAUAAUUGUUAGUUUUUAUUUUAAUUAUUUUUAAAAAAUAUAUUUUUUGUUUCAGAUAUUUGUCUAUGUUUAAUAUUGUUCUAUAAACAGAAUUGUUUUAAUAUCCUGUUUUACACAGUAAAUUCUGAUAUCAUAGAGACUUCCAUACUUUGUUGUGUGUUGUAGAAAGGUUUGUUGUAACGAAUAAUUGAGCCAUUGUUGCUUGCUUGAGAAACUGUUAGGAAGCAUGAAAAAAGGUAAUUAAUUCUUCCAGCACCUUAUAAAUGGCCUCUUCAUUUGUUUGUGUGUCUGAAACAGUGAUCAGUGUUUGCCAUGAUCUGAUUGGAUGGCAAUAGUUUCAGACACAAGAUGUAUUUUAAAUGAGGGGAAUGCUUUGAAGCUUUAAGUUACAAUACAAUUUGUUUCAUCAUUGUCACAAUACAUGAAUGACUGCAGCAGUUUUGUGAGUUAUAAAGGGACACUAAAGACAGCCAGGACUGAGAGAUCUAAGACAUUAUAUCCAAUCUCUGAAUUUUUGUGGUUCCAAAAACUGUACAGAAUACUUUGUAGGAUGAAGUUGUGGCAUCCCAGUUAAGAAGGGUGAGAAUGGUGCAUUAAACACUUAGCAGAUCCUGAAAUGACUUGUGUUUCUUGUUUGGCUACAUCAUAGUUUGUGUGAUGAUGACAUUUGCUUGAGUUAUUCUUGUAUUCUUACUAGAUCGUCGAUAAUGUCUCGUCUCUUUAUAUGAAAGAGCGAGUGAUAACCUUAAUUGCAGCACUGUACUGUGUAAGAUGUGAAGCUCAAUGCAAUGAAUAUAAAAUCAUGCAUACAAACAAAAUUGUUUACACUAGAAAGGACACUAAUGCCACAGUUUUGUUUGUAUGCAUGAUUUUAUAUUCCAAUACACUGCACAGCAUGCAAGGUUUUAAGAUGAAUGCAAUGAGGUUUUCAUGGGUGACCAUUUGUAGAGUUCAGUGGUUUGGAGACUGUCCUUGCCUACAUCUUCAGGGUUGAUGUGAUCACAAACGCACUGUUUAAAACAUUGGAUAUUAACUCCAUACUUACAUGGAUCAUCAUCUGAGAAGACUUCGUUGCAAUAUUGUACUGCUUUGUGAAUUUAAUUCUUUAUGCUGUAGUAAUUGUUGUGCAAAUUGUUUUAUUAUAAAGUGGUUUAUUUUUAAAAAAAUGAUUAUUGCAUUAUGUACAUUUGGUUGUCCUCUGUAUUGUAAGUCCAUUAUAUAUACACAAAAAAGUGAGCCUUAAAUGAAAAGUGAAGGAAAGUAUUUCCAGUUGGACAAGACUGUACUUACUUGCAAUGUAGGUAAUAAAAUGUAAAUUAUACAGAUGUUUA